AUGGUGUUGCUGGAGAUCGUGAGCGGGCAGCGCAACUUCGAUGUUUCGGAUGACACUGGCCGGAAGAAGUUCUCGGUGUGCGGGUACGAAGAGCUGGAGAAGGGAAACAUCAAGAGCACCAUGGACAAGAGGCUCGCCGAGCAGGACGUGGACAUGGAGCAGCUGAAGAGGGCGCUACUGAUUCUCACAUAUCAGGUAGUCAGAGCAAAGAAGAAGGAUACAGGAAAUGUAUAUGCUUUGAAAAUUAUGGACAAGAAGUUCAUUGCAAAAGAAAAUAAAGUAUCCUUUGUAAAGAUGGAGCGUAUAGUACUUGAUCAAUUAGAUCAUCCUUGUAUAAUCAGGCUGUGUUUUACAUUCCAAGAUACACACUCUCUUUACAUGGCACUUGAGUGUUGUGAAGGUGGGGAGCUAUUUGACCAAAUAACCAGGAAAGGAUAUCUAAGUGAGGAUGAGGCUCGCUUCUAUGCUGCUGAAGUUGUUGAUGCUUUAGAAUAUAUUCAUGGUGUAGGAUUAAUUCAUCGGGACAUCAACGUAAACAGCAGAUAUCCAGAGAACUUACUACUCACCGCUGAUGGACACAUUAAAAUUGCUGAUUUUGGCAGUGUGAAGCCAACUAGGGAUAGCCAAAUGACAGUUCUUCCAACUUUCACCAGGAACGACCUUUGGGCUCUUGGAUGCACCCUAUAUCAAAUGCUUUCUGGUUCAUCUCCCUUUAAAGAUGCCAGUGAAUGGCUAAUUUUCCAAAGAAUCAUAACAAGAGACCUCAAGUUUCCUGAGUUCUUUUCACAUGAAGCAAGAGAUCUUAUUGAUAAGUUAUUGGACUCCCACUUCCCUGUCGUUCACUUCAUCUUCGGAAAUGCUGGUGCCACAUCAUCUUCGGAAACACAAUCUCAUAUCUCUAGGCUGGCUUCGAUCGACUCAUUCGACUCGAGAUGGCAAGAGUUUCUUGAGCCUGGAGAGGUGAUUGUUAUGAUCUCAAAGCUGAAGAAGCUUCAGAAGCUGACUAACAGGAAAGUGCAACUCAUUCUUACUGACAAGCCCAAAUUGCUUUGCAUGGAUCCCUCCAAAAUGACAGCCGAAGCAAACAUAAUCUGGUCCCACAGUCCCAGUGAGCUUAGCGUCCAAGUAGCGAACUCUUCACAUUUCGAGAUAUGCACGCACAAAAAAGUGAUAUCUUUCGAGGAUGCAAAACAGCGGGCAUGGCAGUGGAAGAAGGCAAUCGAAGGGCUUCAACAUCGUUGAAUCUGCUGCUGUAUCACAGCCUUCCGAAAGCAUGAUACUACUUCCAAAUUACAAGAUUAUUCCCAAA